GUUACAGAGAAAGAAAGUAUAAAGGUGAGACGCAAACCAUGCUACCUUUAUUCUUUAAUACUCGUAUGAAUCGUAUCGAAUGUCGUCGGAAUGCGUUUUUAUAUAGUUUUUUAUAUAAUUUUUUUAUAUAUGACAUUUAAUAUGAUCGAUGAGAUUGAAUGUACAAUCAUAACAGACACAAAGAGGACUUUACCGUCUGAUUUUUGGCCAUCCAAUUGGUGGAAAACCUUACAGAAUCUUUUGUUAAACGGUGGACUUUGGAAAUUACGUAAAAAUACUGAAGCCGGUAUUCUCAGGCUGGUUUCUCCUUUGAAUGGAAAAACCGGUCCUAUAAUGAUUGCGUUCAAGCCCGAAGACGGUCCACGAGCUUCUUACGCAUAUCAGCAAAGAUUCGGAUUUCGUGGUUGCAGACUUAUUGAAUUACUGGGAACCGGUUUUAAUUCCUAUCAACAAGGAAUCAAGCAACCUUUGUUAGCGUUCUCACUAACUCCACCUCUUCCAUAUUCUUGGCGAACGUUUUCAAAAGAUGUCUCUUCAGAAAUAAUUUAAUUAUAAUGAUGACAGUGAUAAUGGUUAUAAAGAAUGUAGAAAAUCAA